AUAUUAUUAUUGUAAUUAUUAUAAUAUACUGUUUUUCCCUAAAAGUUAUUCCCCUUUGAGUCGCCUGAGUAAACUCCCGCAUUUAGGUGUGCAUUGAGCGUGCAUGUGUCUUUGAACCAAUUCAAGGUCCAGCUCUGAAGUUUGAGUUUCCUAUGUACAUACAUCGAGCAAGAUAGAUACGGCUUCCAGUCAACAGCUAAUUGGGAAACCUUCCUACAACCUUUUUAGGAGCGACUACGGAUAGCUGCAGAUGGCCGUAAGUUUACGUAAUCCGAAAUGCGCAAAUAGUUUCGUCAAUGGUGUGUAGUAUGUAAUUUGCCUGUUGCAGCUGGCCAACUUCACGUAACACAUUGAGAUCGCUCGAAUGCAAAAUACUCUUAUCAGCGUAUCGGUAAGCGCCGCCCUGCCCUACUCCAACGUUGUAUCGAUGCCCCCGAUCUAGCAUUGACACGAUUUUCAGGGAGCCACAUUUGGCCAAAGCCGUGUAAUGUAAGACAAUAAAAAAUAAACAUUUUCCGCGCCAUUUGGCGGGCCAGCAAAGCGGUCGGGCCGUGGAAAAGCCCUCUGCAGGCCAACAGCGGGGACAUUCUGUUUGCACAACUGCAGACGAGAACACGCUGUCGAAAAAACUCAUUACCUUUGGACUUACAUAGACUUGAAACUGGAGCCACCAUGUUUCGGCGAGUAAUCGAUAUCCCCAGACUGAUCUACAUGCUGGCGGCGGUCGUCGUGCCCUGUCGGGCCCAAUUUUACCCUUUAGUCGGACUGAGACCGGCUCCAAAUCCCGCUAAAUUUUCGAGUGCAGUGCCACGCCUGGUGCUCUACAACCCCUUUAGUGGGCAGCAGCUGGAGCCGCUUCGGUACUCGGCCCUUUUGCAGGACAGACGAAAGUCCGUGAACGGAAAUAUCGUAGAGCUACCUCAGCUCUGGCAGCCCUGCUCCUGCGCCGAGUUCUCCUGCCGGUGCUGCAUUGGCUUGGCUCUGGGCUUUGGCGAAUCAGACAACCAGCGGUUGUGCGCCGCCAUCGACUACAACCGGGCGGACAUAGGUCUGCGCCUCAGCGUCGAGAUAAACCAGCGCAACGUGGCAACCUUCGGAUUCUCAGCUCGAAAUCCGCCCGAAUACUGCGUGCCGCUGCCGCUCUCGAGCUGCCUGAGACUAUACGACAUCCGUACCUUCGGCGAGGGCAAUAUGCAGGUAUGUCUGUCGGUGGUCUUGAAGAUUCUGGCCAGCCAGUUUUUCGAGUACCGCCUCAGCUGCCUGCGCUUUGGCGCCAGGGGAGUAUUUUUCGUUCGCGACGUGCCGCAGGAUCAAGGGCAGGGACAGGAGGCACUGGAGCAGCAGUCUAGAUCCGAUGCGGGUCAGGAAGCUGGCAGACAGAAGCAGCUUCAGUUUCUACGCUAGAUGAUUUUCGUCUUUGCCUCACGCGCUUCAAAUUGUAAUCAUCCAUGCAUGCUUUAACGCGUUACUUGUUAAGUGGAAAAGUUAAAUUUAAAUUAAUUAAAAAGCCUUUAACUCUAAGACCGCGCCCAGCAGAACAGAUCCCAUGAAAACGGCAAAAAUUGGCAGAAAUCUGGGCCCUCACUUGGGCUUGUACUGACGAUGAUGCAACUGCCUUAGACCUUCUCGCACAUAUGAAUGUACCAACGGAUGUAAUCGUUCUUUGGUUACCGAUCGCGCACACAGCAAUUACUUCUCUGCCCGCCCACUAAUUCAAAUGGAGAGUGAGAUGCGACGGCCCUCCAACCAUUUAGGCCGAUAAUGAAGUGGCCUAGGGGUCUUAAAUAACAAAUAAUAUAUUCAAGCCUGCGUAUCCUAGCUUGCGCAGACUCGCAACUAAAAGAUAGGAUAAUAUUUUUGUUUGUUUGCUAAGGGUAUAUUGAUUUUAGCCAGUGGUUUGGAACGCAGUAUACGGAGCAAUUGCAACCUGUAAAGUAUAUUCUUUCUUGUUCGCCCGUCUGUUCGUUUCCAACUUUCCCAAAAGACUUAUUUUUAUUGCAAGUUGUAUACAAGUCGGAGAGGGUCGAAUCGGAACACUACCAUAAAUAUCAUAUGGCUGCCAGUUGAUUUUAUAUAUAAAUAAAUACUGGCACGGUAUUAAAGUUUAAGCUUACCAAAGCAAAAUUUCUUGUUUCGUAUCGAUUUUAUUUCCUUUUAACAUUUAGUACUCAUACUUUAUUAUUAUUAAACUAAGUCAAUACUUAUAAUUUAAAUAUUUUUUGAUAGUAUGUAUUUCAAUCAAAUAUGUUAUGCAAACCGUAAGAAAUAUUUGCCUGAUUUUUAGAAAUUAACAUAUGAGUUCAAAAACAAAUAACUUACGGUGCAUUGUAUGCAAAACUUAAAAGUAUCUAAAAGUAAAAGCACUGUCCGAGCUAAUCAUCAAUACGUAUACUGCCCAAUGCUUAGAAAUGUUAAUGUUUUUUAAUAUAAAUUUUGUACGUAAUAAUUUAAAUUGAAUAUUCAAACUUACAAAAAAUCAAUGAAACGGUGCAUUCCGAAAAUUAACAGACGUCA